GGUUGCAUUUAAUGACUUAACAAUUAUUUGUGGAGCUUGAGCGACAUCUUCUUUCUACUUGGUUCCUCACCUUUUAACGCCAACCGAUUUCAUUAAUUUCUCGCUGAGAUAAUCUCUUUUUCCCAAAAUGGAAGCGGAAAAUGCUGCAACGGCUUCCUGCCACCGAGAGUGCAACGUGACCGGUGCAAAGAAUACCAGUAAGGAAGAUGACUACUUGCGCAAGAUUUUCAUUGGGGGACUAUCUUUUCAAACGACAGCGGAUACUUUGCGCAACUUUUUCCAGCAAUUUGGAACGGUAGCCGAUGCUGUGGUUGUUCGCAAUCCGGUGACCAAUUAUUCCAGGGGAUUUGGAUUUGUGACCUUUGUGGAGCCAGGAUCAGUUGAAAAUGUCCAAAGGGCAAGGCCACACACCGUUAAUAACAAAGCCGUGGAGACCAAGCGAGCUUUAACGCGUCGCGAAUUGCUGAUGCCGGGAACUCGAAUGCCUGGCACAAGGAUCCCCGGAACCGGAGGAGUCGUUUCGAACAAGAUCUUCUUGGGCGGUCUAAGGGAAUGCCACGAUGAGAAGAGCCUUCGCGAGUACUUUUCGCGAUUCGGCGGAGUCACCUCCGUACAACUGCUAAAGGACAAGCUCACAGGUCGCAAAAGGGGAUACGGAUUCUUGGAGUUCGACGAUAUCAUAUGUGCCGAAAGGGCAUUGGCACGAGCCAAGCACGUGAUCAACUUGAUCCCGGUGGAGGUGAAGAGGGCAAACCCAAAGCCGGAUACCGGCAAGCUCCUUCCGUUUCCCAACAGCGGAUCGGUUUGCGCUGGCUACAUUCCACCUCAGCCGGCUUCGAUGGACAGCUUCAUCAACGGCAUCGCCGACUACCAGCAAUACCUGGCACACACACUCCUUCCACCCUCGGCUUUUGUCAAGGGCUGGGCCUGCUACGUCACGGAUGUAGUGCGUCCGGAGAGCCAGGAGAACCACCAGAACAACACUCGCUCUGGCACUUACAAUCCAUACACUUACUACCAGCAGCCACACCAGCAGCAGCCGAAUGUGAAUGGCAACUCCGCAUACGGAAAUGGAAAUGGAUAUGGGAACCUAAAUGGAGUGGAUGCCUGGUCCGCCUAUCCGAAGCCAGAGAAGUGCGUGGCCCGAGGAUGGAAGCCGAGCAAUGUGCCCGAGUGGCCGCCGAAGCCCGGGCACAAACACGCCCAAACUUGGACCGGCGAUGGUCCCUACUUCUAUUGCAAGUGCCUCCAGGGCGAAAUGGGAACCAAGGGCGAUGCAAACGGAGUUGGAGGAUCGAUGGUGGGAUUGGGCUUUGGAUCAGGGAUGACCGCCAAGUGGUCCACCGAGGACAGCCAGAUCCUAAAGCCCCCUCAGAGUCCAACGCAGUUCGCGAAUCCGAAGGCUGGAAACGGAAUUUCAUCGCCAGCUUAUGGCAUCUAAAAUGAUGAAAACUCGAUCGACAUUUCCCCGUAGAACGUAACCAAUUGUAUUCCUUUUUUUUGACGACAUGCGAUUAAAUGCGAUCCCUUCGGAGGAAAAACAAUAAAGCACACUGAAAUUGAUGACACUUCAAA